AUGAUUACAAAGAAACACAACCCAGAUGUUCGGCCUGGCGUCCCGAUGGUGAAGCGUGAGAAGGAAGCCUUGAAAAAGGAGGCUCUACAGAAAGAGAAGAAUGCACAGAACCGGCAGAAGAGCUACAAAGAGCAGGAGCGAGAGAGUCGAGAGGCCGCACUGCAGAGCUCCAUCAGCAGCCAAAAUAAAGGCUUCGCGCUACUGCAGAAGAUGGGAUAUAAAGCAGGACAAGGCCUGGGGAAACAGGGUGCUGGACGCGUCGAGCCAGUUCCUCUGAACAUCAAAACAGGUUCUUCUCUGAUUCUUAAUAGCAAAGUGCGCAAGAGAACCGAAAGAGAAGAGCGUCAAACACAGGGCGACCUGAGGAAGAGCCAGCGGGCCUGUGAGCAGCUCGACAGCCAGAAGGGCAUCACUGUUCCCAGAGACAGCUGGUACUGGCCUGAAGCGUUGAAAGAGGAAGAGGCGGAGCUUCUGGAGGAGGAACCCAAACCAGAGGGAAGUGACGACGAGGAGGAACUCACACCUUUAGACAAGCUGCAGUUUCUCACCUCGUAUCUGCGAGGAGCUCAUUUUUACUGCAUAUGGUGUGGGACGGCAUAUAAUGAUGAGGAGGAUUUGAGCUCGAACUGUCCUGGUGACUCGGCAGCAGACCAUGACGACUAGAGCAACCUGGAAUAAUCUGGAACACUUGUUUUUAAUUUGCUUUUGACGUUUUUUUGCAUAGCUGUGUUUGAUAUUUAUUUGUUCAUUAAAUGCUGCAUUGAUGUUUUGA